AAAUCGAUGUUGAGCUGUGAAACGUAGGAGGCGAAGCGGUGGCGCCAAAACAAUUGAAAAAGGGUGGAGAAGAAAGAUGGAGGUGGAAGCGAUGGGUCACAUCCUCUAGUCUUGUAUUUGUUGGAGACUUUGGAGUCACAAAGUUUUGUUUUCACGACCAUGGGUUCCAGAAAAACGCAGCGUUCCAAGGGUUGCAGGAAAGCCCUAGCUCCCUCACACUCUCCUCCUCCUCCUCCCACUCUCGAAGCCCUAAUCAUUCAAAUUGAUGCUCCACAGGUUCUAAAGCUUCCACGCUUGAAAAGCUUGUAUUACCUUCUCACUCAUUUAUCUGUAAACAUACCAAUAUGUUGUUCUAGUGAUGAUGCUGCUUCAAAUUACUGGAGCAUGAAUGGGUUUAAAAUCACCUUUACAACUAUACAUAAUCUCUGCAGUACUAUGUUCAAUGAACUAUGUAAAAGGUUUAAAGAUUUGAGUGAUGUUUUUGCACGCCGGGAUCUUGGAGAAUCUAGUUUGCAUUCAGAUAUGUGGGGCACUGCCAAAGAAUUGACUCUGCUUUUAAGAUGUUGUAUAGUCAGCUUGAACUUGCUUGGAUCUGACCAAAGCCUUCUCUUUCAAAAAUGUCGAGUUCUUCUUACGAUACUUAGCAGAUUUUGUUCUCAAGGCUUAAGUGAAGGGAACGAGAAAAAUGCCUUAAGCUUCAAGAAAUCAGUUUCUUGUGGACACACAUGUAGUGAGGGUGGUUAUGCCACCUCCAUUUGUGAAGACUUUGUUGCUUCCUUCCAUUUCAUAGAACCGUCUGAUCCAUUUCUUCCAGUUUCAUGUUCACUGCUUGAGGUAUUUGCUGAUGAGCUUUUGGUGCAUAAACCAUUGAGGGAGUACUUUAUGCUAAUUGAUUCAGUUUCCUCUGCAAGUGAAAUGUUAUUUAUGUGUCACUCUAGUCCUGGUCAUAUUGGAAGUGUGCUGGAGGUGCUCUCUUCUCAUUUUCUCCUAUCAGUUUGUGAUGAGCAAGCCUGUGAAAUUUUCCUCAAUAGAUUAUUUUGGCUGCAUCAGAAGGAUUUCAGAGUUCCUGAACUGAGCCUGACUGCAGCCAUAUCAUUGCUUCAGAACCCCAUCAUGCUUUCUGCACCAAAAAUUUUCCAGGCACAUAUAGUUUCGUUGGUUUCUGAAGCCACUAUUAUUGACUUGGAUCCUGAGAAUACGAGACCAAAUGUUGGACUUAUGAAUUGCUACCUAUCAUUGUUUGAAACAUCUGUAAUCUUUUACAACAGACACAUAUCUAGUUUGCAAAUAGAUGGCCAUCCUAUAGGUUUUAAAGAUUCUUUUAUCAAAUCGUCAACCUCUGAUGGAGGCUUUCAGCUAUCUUUCGAAUCUUAUAUACCGUCAGUCAUGAGAAAUAAAAUGAAUGGUCUAAUUACACAGUUAGAGAAUUCAUGGAAUUCGUAUUUGAGCAAUAGGUUUUCAAGAACAAAACUUGAUUUGGUCACUUCUGCUGUCACAUUUGUAAAGGAGAACCAAUAUAUUCUGGAUAAAUCAUGCAGAGAUGACAUUGUGUUAAUCUUAAGUCACAUGAUACCUGAAGCUCUUUCUGGUGAUGAUAGUGAUACUGAAUUACAUAAGGAGGGAGAUGCAAGUUUGCAAGAUACUUAUCUUCUUGCUUCCAUUUUGAAGUUAAUAAGUAGCUCAAUGUUGCAAGCUAUUUGGUGUAUCAGCCAUAGUGGGAAUCCUGGUUGUCUGAAAACCUUCAAAGACUUAUCUUCAUGUAAGGAAUAUGAAUAUAUAUUGGGCAUCAUUGCCAAUUUUGGACGGUAUAAUAUCCAUCUUCCAAUCUCGAAGUUCUUAAGCCAUGUGAUGGACCACUCAACAAGACAUAAGGAUUCCAAGAUGAUGCUCUUGCAUUUUUCAGGCAUGCUAUCAAUAAGUUUAGCUAUUGGAGUUGAUUUCGUGGUUAAAGGUUGCACACUGGCAAUGAUGAUAAUUCUGAAUCUAUUUAUUUUUGAAGAAGGCAAUUUAGAUGCAUUGAGACCAUUACUUGUUUCCAAGGUGGAAUCCUUUUCAUCUGGAAUAUCAUCUGGUAACAUCCAACGGGUCCUGGUGGAACAGAAUUCUAGCCAAAUGGUUGCAUCAAAAUUUCAGAAGGUUCAAACAUUGUACUUGAGUACGGAUUUGCUUCCAAGCAGUUGUUCAGGAAACAAAGAUGGUCAAGAAGAAAUGUCAGGAAGUGCAAAUGCAUCAAUCUUGAAUAAUAUGGAUUGUGUCGUCGGCAUAGAAGAGAAAACAGAGGAGACCUGCAAUGGCAAGAUUUUUCUCAAUUGCUUACUUGAAGGCUCCAAAGAGCCAUCCGAUUUGGAUGAUUUAGCUGAUUUCAUAGAGUGCAAGGAGGGUAAGGAUUAUUCUAACUGGCUGAGAGAUCGGAAAAGAUACAGAAAAUGGAAAUGUGGGAAAAUGGCAGUUCUAAGGUGGGAGAAAAAGAAGAGCAUUUGGAAAUUUGUGAAAGGAAGGAAAAGUUAGAAUUUCUCCUUAUUUGGUAUGGUUAUUGUAUGGCUGCCUGGUUCUUCAUUUGAAAGUUUAAUGUUCUGGUACGUAGGUGUUACCUGUAGUAAAAGGACAAUGGUCUGAUUGUUGUAAUGUAAUUGUACAUAUCAACUAAUAAUUCCAUAUCUAU